AGAGGGAGCACUAGCAGCUCGCUUUAAUUUUUACCACGGGAAUUUCCGGUCAAACUUAGAAUUUGAUUUUCAGUCACCGAUAUAAUCUAACUUACACGGAUAGAUUUCCACCAACUUCUUCAUUGCUGUGAUUUGAUAAAUACACCUAAAUCAUGCCUCUGUUGGGACCUCAACUGGUGUUUACCCUUGUAAUGUCUAGCAUCAUGCAGAAGGUCAUUGUUCCAUAUCAUUCCUUUGCUCAGUGGCUUCUUGCCAGAGGCAACCUGAAGUACUUCAAUUACCCAUCGGACGAUGACCUAAAGAAAGCCGCUGGCAUUGUACAGAGCAGAGGAAGGCACAAGAGAAACAGACCUGAAAACUUACAUAAGAGGAACGGUGCUGCAGUCGGGGACCAGACUUUCACAGUGCCCAAGAGCAUUGACAUCGACCUUGGCACAGAGACUCUCCAGCCGCCCCACCUUCUCACCAUUAGAUUCUACGGAGAGUUCAAAUGGCUUUUAGAUUUCAUCGUCAUGGCAACCAUAGUGUAUACAGUGACGGAAGCAUACUAUGCUCUGGUGGACACCAAAGGCGAUCUGAAUCUUAGUCUCAUUUGGAUGGUGAUGGGUGUUUUCUUCACAUUACAUGUUUUAUUCUCGCUAACUUCACUCUACUUCAAGUCCGACGAUGCUGGCGAGAUGGCGCUGUGUGUUACCUUUGGGUUCUUAUUCCUGGUGGUUGCCAUGGCAGUCAUUGUUAUUGAUGAAAAGUACUUGGAAUUUGGUGUUGAUGAUGCCUAUGAUGAUUUUCUUGAAGGAGCUAACGAGCAUCUAGCCUACAGUGAGCUUGAAUCCCAGGGUCCAAUGUCUCGUACCACCUUUGAGUUCCUCCUGGCCUUUGUAGCAGCCUUGCUUGGAGCAUUCAUGACGUUCCCUGGUCUAAGACUUGCCAAGAUGCACAUUGAUGCUCUGAAGUACAACGCCCAUCUUCCUUACAUGCAAAUUCUCCUGCAUACCAGUUUCCUGUUCCCUCUACUUAUUUCCCUUCUUUGGGUGAAGCCAAUAGCAAGAGAUUAUGUACAGAGUCCUACGCUUGGCAAGAAAGUCAAUGUUUCUGGUGAUGCACUAAUGAGUGAUGAAACGUUUGACAUUGUGCGGGUGAGUUUCAUCCCGGUGUUUGCCGUGCUUCGGCUCGCUUUGAUGACGCAGCAUCUACAAGCAUAUCUCAAUAUGGCUCACGAGAGGAUAGAACAGAUGAAGAAAGAGGCAGGAAGGAUCAGUAGUCUUGAUCUCCAGAAAAAGGUAAUUCGGGUCUUCUAUUAUCUAUGUGUUGUAGCACUUCAGUAUAUUGCACCAGUUAUUCUUCUCUUCUGCUUCAGUUGCCUUUUAAAAACAUCAGCUGGUUACUCUUAUGGAGUCUUCGAUCACUUCCAAUCAAACACUACAAAUGCAAGUUCAAUGCCCAACCCCUCGCCACCCACCCCAUCGACAUCGUCAUCAUCGACGCUUACAGACGACGUCGCAGCAUUUGUGAACCCUGUGCGUGAAGCCAAAGCCCAGUUCGCGUUUGCUCUUUCGGUUCUUAAACAAGUCUUCUCUCCAAUCUUCUUCAAAGGCAUAUUUUCCUUCUUGAUUUGGUGGGUUUGUGUAACCUGGUUCAUCACCAGUUCCUUUGGUCUUGCCUUUCACACGUAUGUCUCUACCAAUACCUAGUCAACAUAAUCUUGGUCUUGUUUUGUGAAGACUUGUUAUAAUAACAAAUGCACAAUAACAAGUUAAAUAUCAGCCAAUCAAAUUGAAUGAUUUUGGAAGCUGUAAACUGCUAUGUCAAAUUUGUUAUAAGUUUUGUGAAACUGGCCCUUUGAAUCAGGUCCACUUAUUUAUUCUUUAUGCCCCUUCUGUUGGGUUGAUUCAUUGUGUCAGGCCAUGGAACUAGGGGAGUGUAUCAUGAAAAGUUUUGUCAGAGAUUUUCAACAACAGAUGUUAUAACCUAUGGAAAGUCAUUGUAUAUGAUUGGCUGAAAGCAAAUUAGUUGGUGAAAAAAAAACUCUUCAUGAAAAUGCUCUUCAUGUAGGUUGAUACUCUUCGUGCUUUCCUUUGGAUUGUUGAUGUAGAUGUCACCAAGAUCUUAUUGAACUACAGGCCAAUUUUCAAACAAUUUGUUUUGAGGCUUGUUUUGAAAUAUAUUUGGUCUUCAAAUCUUUUUGAAGGUCAAAUUUAUAUUGUGAAUAUGAACGCUGACCAGACAAAUUCCUCUAUUUGGUAAUCAUAACCAGAAAGCUUUAGCGAUCAAUCAUGGGGAUAUGACAAGUCUAGAUAGGUUGAAUAGGCACCCAACAGUCUUUGUAGGGUUAGAGGUAAUGAACUUUGUAUCAUGUCAAGCUGAUCUUGGUUUCUUUUUGGUGUGAUUCACUUAUUUCCUUGUUUUAAUUGGAUAAAUUUGGAUCAGACCUUAUAUUAAACUGGAUUACAUCUUCCAAAGAUCAAUUCUGAUCAAUCCUAAUUUCUUUGUUUGAAAUCAUGGAUUCUUUGUUCAAAAUCAAAAUCUUUAGCAUCGGUUGAAUAGGCACCCAACAGUCUUUGUAGGGUUAGUGGUAAUGAAAUUUGUAUCAUGUCAAGCUGGUCUUGGUUUCUUAUUGGUGUGAUUUACUUAUUUCCUUGUUUUAUUUAGAUACAUUUGGAUCCGACCUUAUAUUAAACUGGAUUACAUCUUCCAAAGAUGUUUCUGAUCAAUCCUAAUUCUUUUCCGUGAAAUCAUUUUUUUGUUCAAAUCAAAAUCUUUAGCGUUGGUGAAUGUCAUUGCGGUCUGCAUUUUAUGUGUAUAAUCCGUGCACAUGGCUACAUGAUAUGUGGGAGUCCUUGUGGCAAGAAAAAUAAAGUGAAAAUCUAGAUAUUAGUGCUUUCAUAUUAUGCCACAGAGCACUAUUUAUCAUAAUACAAAAAAUUUGUUUGAAAAAAUAUAUAUUUGAAAUCUUGACCAUCAAACCCUAAUUCAUUUCUGUUUCGGCAAUUCAACAUUUUUGUCUCACCUGCAUAGCAGAGUGAGACUAUAGGCGCCGCUUUUCCGACGGCGACGGCGGCGGCGGCGUCAACACCAAAUCUUAACCUGAGGUUAAGUUUUUGAAAUGACAGCAUAACUUAGAAAGUAUAUGGACCUAGUUCAUGAAACUUGGCCAUAAGGUUAAUCAAGUAUUACUGAACAUCCUGCCUGAGUUUCAUGUCACAUGACCAAGGUCAAAGGUCAUUUAGGGUCAAUGAACUUAGACCAUGUUUGGGGAAUCAACAUCAAAAUCUUAACCUAAGGUUAAGUUUUUGAAAUGUCAUCAUAAAUUAGAAAAUAUAUGGACCUAGUUCAUGAAACUUAUACAUAAGGUUAAUCAAGUAUCACUGAACAUCCUGCAUGAGUUUCACGACACAUGACCAAGGUCAAAGGUCAUUUAGGGUCAAUGAACUUUGGCCGAAUUGGGGGUAUCUGUUGAAUUACCAUCAUAACUUUGAAAGUUUAUGGAUCUGAUUCAUGAAACUUGGACAUAAUAGUAAUCAAGUAUUACUGAACAUCCUGUGCAAGUUUCAGGUCACAUGAUCAAGGUCAAAGGUCAUUUAGGGUCAAUGAACUUUGGCCAAAUUGGGGUAUUUGUUGAAUUACAGCCAUAAAUUUGAAAGUGUGUUGGUCUAGUUCAUAAAACUUGGACAUAAGAGUAAUCAAGUAUCACUGAACAUCUUGUGCGAGUUUCAGGUCACAUGAUCAAGGUCAAAGGUCAUGUAAGGUCAAAGAACUUUGGCCACGUUGGGGGUAUUUGUUGAAUUGCCAUCAUAUCUCUAUAAGUGUAUUGGUCUAAUUCAUAAAACGUGGAAAUACGAGUAACCAAGUAUCACUGAACAUCUUGUGCGAGUUAUAGUAGUUUUCAAAAUCAGCACUGCUGCUAUAUUGAAUCGCGUGAUGCAGGUGAGACGGCCAGAGGCAUUCCACUUGUUAGGUUUUAGCUUCAUGUGGUAUUGAAGUGCACAGCAAAAUGUUUUCUACAUGUAUUCAUGUAUGUUUAUGUUUUGCCGUGAAUUAUAGUAAUGUAGACUUGUUAUCUGUGUGCAAUAUUGAUAUCUAGCUCCAAAAAAGUAAUAUGAUGACAUCAUAUUACACAAUAUCUGUACAAUCAAAGGUUGAUUUCGACAAAAUCAAUGGAAGAUGCGUGGUGCUUGUUUUAUAAUGGAAAUCUAGUGGAUAUAUAAUUUUUAAAUGUGAUACAUUUUGUGAUUUUCCAUAGAAAUUAAUUCUGGUCUAAUGCCUAAAGUUCAAAAUAAAAUACAGGUGAUUAAGAACCACAGAAAUCUGUUUUACUUCAAGGAAUAGUUUGACUUUGAAUGAAAUUAUUGCUUCCACUGGGGCAAAUAUAUGCGUCUCUAUGUGCUUUUUUGAGGACUUGGAUAUUUAGCUCUUGGCUAGAUUGUACUGUGGUAUAUGGAUAAGGAAUAUUCCAGCUAUGCAAAGUUCUUUUGUGAAAAUUGUCGUUCUGAUAAAGAAGGAAAGCUAUCACACUUCACAUCAAGUCUCUAAUUUCCAUAUAGUAUUAUGAUAUUUGAAUAAACCAAUUUUAUAAGUGCAUCUUGAUAUUUUUUUUCUGAAAUGAGAGAUGUACUUAAUUGGUUGGUUUGUUAUCUGUUUCCAAUAAAUCUUGUGUGAAACCAUCA